AUGAAAGACAAGGAACUCACCUCGAUCAAAACCCUCUCUCAGACUACCCGUCCUUACCCAUCUACCCCUCAUCAUACAUCCCAGACACCACGUACCGGACCAUUAUUCUUCCCCCCCAACGUCCUCAACGACGACAACAACAUGGAACCCUCUCCCAACCCCGCCAACCCACCCUCCCCAACAACCUCCUUAUCCCCACCCAAUACACCAACCCCAACCCCACGUACCAUCCAUGACCAUACAUCGUCUACCGAAACCUGCACCUCUAAGGAAUCGGACACCCUCCCUGCCCUCCCUGCCACGAACACCCAACAACCGGUACAGAGUGACCUCGUGAACUCCAUCCACGCCCCACAGAACAUGACAACAGACCAGGAAAUGAGUGCCCCACCCUACCAUGACCUCCCACGUGCUCCAACAGCGGAAGAAGAGAAUAUACUAGCGCAUAUUGCCCUCGCAGAACAGAACAGGUCCAUAGUGAGACAUGACGCACCCAAUCACCUCACAACCCUCCCUCAGUUCACCCCAACGCCUAGUGGAGGCUUCCCUAUCAUCUACAUGUCACAUUCUGCGCAAGUCUUUGACCACCUGGAUAACCGAGUGCUACUCGCAUGGUUCCAAGUCAACCACCCGAAAUUUAUAGUCCGAGUAUUUGAACAUACCGGGAAAGAUGUUUAUGAAAGAUCAGCAGUCAUCGCUGAGCGCAUCCGCACUAACAUCGCUAUAAUCGCGAACUUUGUACAUCAAGGCGCCCCCCCGUCAGAGCCCCCCCCCCACAACCUCUGGGGGGUAGAGACUCCAAAGACUUCCCCACAGGAUUCCUCGUCCACAAUGUAUCCGAGGAAACAAGGAACCUCAUCUUAA